AUGGUACUGGUGAUGAUCCCGGUGUGCCCGGGCGGCGCCUGGCCAUUGCUACCCGACCUGCCGCCACUGCAGAAAAUGUUCAUCGGGGGGAUGCUGGCUUCUAUGGCUUUCGUCUCGGCUGGCAUUCUACAAAUCGGCAUAGAGUUUAUGCCAGUAAUUGUUGGGCAAAACUCUGAUGACAAAAUAAGAUUCUACUUUAUGGAUCCCAAUCCGUUCGGGAAGUCACUAACGGGGAAACCGAAGCUGAAGGUUGUCUACGUGGGUGACACCGGCCCCAACAAGAACGUGUCGAUUACUGUUGAGACUGAGAAGAGGCUUAAUGAUAUAUACUACGUGUCUGAUAGUCCCAUCGACCAUAUUGGUGAAUCUGCUUACAUGUGUCUGCAACCCGGAAGAUUUAAAUGGCAUGCAACAAGUGCGACCGGGGAGCUCUCUGGUUCUGGUGAAGGUAACGUACGCGCCGGCGGUGUGUACGUCCUGUGCCUACGGGAGAGGCUCGGGAGGCUGGAUGCUGCCGUCCUGCAUGCUCCCAAUCCCCCUAAUGAGCUGCACCUUGCCUGGAUUGUGCCCCAAUACCUUCUCGUCUCGGUCGCGGAGAUCAUGUUCGCUGUCUCCGGCUUGGAGUUCUCUUUCACUCAGGCACCGAAGAGUAUGAAGACAAUAACUAUCGCCGCAUGGUACGUGUCAGUGGCUUUCGGAAAUUUAAUCGUGAUUUUGAUCGCGCAGACCAAAAUCUUUGAGUCGAGAGCUACGGAGUUCUUUGUCUACGCUGUCGCCUUAGCAGUAGCAAUGCUUCUAUUCUGGCGAAUGGCUCAAGGCUACAUCAGUAGAGAAAUAGAAGGUGAUGCAUCAUCCACUGAGAGCCGUCCUCUUCUCCGUCAUAGAUCAAGGGUCAUAUCUGUGCACUCGCUGUCGUCGACUAGUGCUCGCGCGUACGGUGUUGCGGGUGACCAGGAACGAAUGGCCAGCGCGUGGCCACCCCGUGCCGCCGUCCGCCUGGCCACGCCUAGCAGUGGCGACCAGAAGGCCACCACACUCGCCAAAGAC